AUGUACACUGUUCUCGCGUGGUACUCGGGAAUCAACUGCGACGGCACCCCCUACGACGUCUUCAUCUCCGACUCAAGCGACUGCAUCACGAACGUCUCGUGCACGACCGACAACACCGCCGAUUCCUCGCACCUCGCCUCGUUGUCCACCGUCUGCACGACGGACUACAUGGCUGCCACCAAGGAGCUCUUCGGAGACUCGCCGUACCUUCUCCUCGAGUCCUACAAGGACCUCAACUGCGAGACACUGGGAUACGCUGAAGGAUUCUUCGCUUCGGGCAACUGCGAGGGAUCGUCGGGGCUGUCGGCGUUCUCCAUCGCCACCAUCGACAACAACGGCUCUGCUUCAGUUAGAUCGUACAACGGGUCUUUAUGCCCGGAAUCGAGCUUCCUCUACUCACUUGAAGCGGACGCAGACGCAAUCCAGAGCCACUCCUGCGUCGACUACUUCUACAAAUGGUACUCCAGCAACGACAUCAUUAGCAGCACCAGCGUGUCCUCUUCAGGAAGUAUCAACAACGACAAGAUUGUGACAGAAGCACCGACGUAUUCGCCUACGCCCAGUCCGACACCUUCUCCAAAACCAACACUCAGUACCGCAGCGAUCAUUGGCAUCAGCGUCGGAGCUCUGUUCGUGGUCGUAUUGAUCAUUGCAGCGAUAUUCUGCUGCAAACGGCGCUCUCGGGCCAAGUCGACGACUGAAAGCCACUUGCAACCUACAGCGAGCCUCGGAUCCGCUCAAGCCGCUCCGUUUGCCGUACCGUACAGAGAAACCACAAGUCUCUGGAACGACGACCUCAUUGUCGCCAAACGCAUUCCUAGAGACAAAGUCCGUAUCAAGACGCUCCUCAGUCAAGGCGCGUACGGUGAAGUGUACUCUGGCGUGUUCAACGGCCUCCCAGUCGCAGUCAAGAUGCUGCUUCCCAUCACGCGCACCAACCUCCAGCACGUGAACGAGUUCCUGGCCGAGGCCAAGAUGACCGCCACCAUGGACCACCCGCACAUCGUGUCGUUCAUCGGCGUCGCGUGGGACUCACUCUCGGAUCUGUGCGUGGUGCUCGAGUUCAUGGACGGUGGAGACCUACGCUCGCUCCUAAAUCAAUACGAGGAGAAGCGUCAUCCCGUCGGCUUCAACCGCCAGAAAGCCGUGAUCGCACUGCAGGUUUGCCACGCGCUCGCGUACUUGCACUCGCUCAUGCCACCGGUGAUCCACCGGGACCUCAAGUCUCGCAACGUGCUGUUGAACCGAGCGAUGGAAGCCAAGUUGUCGGAUUUCGGCAUCUCGAGAGAAAGGAUGGAGCGCACUAUGACCGCAGGCGUGGGCACGUCGCUGUGGAUGGCGCCCGAGGUGAUGUUGGGCGAGUGGUAUGACGACAAGGCGGACAUGUUCUCGUUCGGCGUGCUGCUGUCCGAGCUGGAUGUUCACACGCUGCCGUACGCGAACGCGAAAAAAUGUUCGCGAGACUCCUACGGCCGCCAGUUGCCGGAAACAGAAGGUAGCGGCGGGGAACCUGAAGUACUGUACCGACUCCAGACGACACUAUCGCACGAGCUGUGA